AAAAAAAGGGGGGGGGGGAGCUAUUUUAGAUUUUACACGCGAUCAUUUUAUUAAGAAGGGCGCAGAAUUUUCAGGUUAUACGAAAUCUCAAACGUCCGCAACCAGUCAAUAUUUCAUUGCCGCAGUGUUCCCAGGUCUAUCACUUGUGACUACUUUAAUGACGGUCUAACGCAGUCUUACGCAGACAGUAUUCAUUGUAGAUCUAUCUAGAUUAGAUCUAACUAGUCUAGUUGUUUUCGCAUGAGGCGAACCUGUCAUUAUUUAUAGCAACCAUCAUGGCCGACAGUUCUUUUCGACCAGGAACUGGAAUAGCUCCGUCGACAUCAGUUGAAAUAUCAGUAUCUUGCAGAAAUCUUGUAGAUUCCGAUGUUUUUUCUAAGUCAGAUCCUAUGGUUGUUGCCUAUAUACAUGACCAAGCAAGAAGAAAUUGGCGAGAGCUGGGUAGAACAGAGGUUGUCUGGAAUAACCUGAACCCAGAUUUUGUUAAGAAGUUUACGCUUCAGUAUUUUUUUGAACAGUCCCAGAAGUUAAAGUUUGAAGUUUAUGAUGUUGAUUCAGCCAGUGCAGACUUGACCAAACAUGAUUUCCUUGGCAGAGUGGAAUGUACCCUUGGUGAGGUGGUAUCAGCAGCUAAGCUAAGCAAAUUAUUAGAUGGGCCUAAAAAGAAUAGUGGACUAAUAAUAAUUGGAGCUGAAGAACUUAGCUCUUGUAAGGAACAAGUGACCCUACAGUUUUGUGGACAGAAGUUGGAUAAGAAAGAUUUUUUUGGAAAGUCAGAUCCAUUUUUAAGCAUAAGUCGAGCUCAUGAAGAUGGAAGUUUUACACUUGUGCAUCGAACUGAAGUGAUAAAAAAGACUCUCAACCCAACAUGGAAAUCUUUCUCUAUACCUGUGAGAGAUAUAUGUAAUGGUGACUAUGACAGAACAAUCAAAUUUGAAUGCCAUGAUUGGGAUGCUGAUGGAGGUCAUGAUUUCAUUGGGUCAUUCACAACGACACUUCGAGAACUGAGUAAAGGCCCUGGAGAUGGUACAGUAUUUGAAUGCAUAAAUGCUAAGAAGAAAGCAAAAAAGGGAAAGAGCUAUCGAAAUUCAGGAUUGAUAAAGUUGUUGUACUUCAAAAUUGAACAGAUUCACACUUUUUUAGACUACAUUACAAGAGGUACCAAAAUUCAUUGCACAUUUGCUGUGGACUUUACUGCUUCUAAUGGAGAUCCUAAGUCUCCCACAUCUCUUCAUUACAUGAAUCCAUUCAGACCUAAUCCAUACGCCACAGCCAUACAAGCAGUUGGGAACAUUAUUCAGGACUAUGACAGUGCUAAGAUGUUUCCAGCAUUAGGCUUUGGUGCAAGAUUACCACCAGAUGGCAUUAUCUCACAUGAAUUUGCAUUGAAUGGCAAUCCUCAGAAUCCUUAUUGCUCAGGAGUUACAGGAGUACUAGAGGCCUACCAUAGAACUCUCUAUUCUGUACAGUUGUAUGGUCCAACUAAUUUUGCACCGUGCAUCAAUCAUGUUGCCAGGUUUGCAGCAGGUGCCAGAAAUGGUCAGGAUUAUUUCAUCCUGUUGAUAAUUACUGAUGGCAUAAUCACUGACAUGCCACAGACCACCGAAGCUAUAGUCAAUGCAUCUAUUCUCCCAAUGUCAAUUAUUAUUGUUGGUGUUGGGGAUGCUGAUUUUCAAGCUAUGGAAGUAUUGGAUGGUGAUGAUGUGAGGUUAUCUUCCAGAGGAAAGUUUGCAGAAAGAGACAUAGUGCAGUUUGUCCCUUUUCGUGACUUUAUGGGAAGCAAUGGUGAAGAUAUAGCAUCUGUUCAUGCCAGACUAGCCAAAGAGGUGCUAGAGGAGAUACCAGAGCAGUUGCUAUCUUAUAUGAAGAGAAACAACAUCAAGCCACAAGCACAACCUCAGCCUGGGAGAACCUAGUUAUGACUCUCUUAAUUAAAAAAAAAAGGUUCUGGUGUUAGUGAAUUUGCAGAGACACUAGAUAAAAUGAAUUAAAAAAAAAUAAAUUUAAAGGUGUCAUUACACUAGAGGGCACAAAUGCUUACGUGAUUUUUUAAAAUGAUUAAAUAUCAGUGAAUUGUUGUUUUUUUAGAAAUAUAAUAACAAUGAUUAAUUGUUCAGAAUAAAUUGUUUGAGACUAUUUUAAUUGAACAGGCAAUAAACCCUGUAAUGGUGGGAUAUCACCAGGAGAUAUGUCUACAGAAAAAACAUUGUUGUUUUUUUAUAAUAAAAUAUUUUUUAUUGUACUAUUUAUAUGAUAAUUGAAUGCCUGUCUUUUGAGAGAGAUAAGUCAACUUUGUUUCCACUUUCAAUUGGCAUAGAUAUCAACACACAUAAGUCAUCUGUUGUUAGAAUGAGCAGGCAGCUGUUGAUUUCUUUCAAACUUAAUGUCUGACUUUUUUUAAAAGUUUGUUGUUAGCAGCUGGCAAUGCAAAAUUUAAUUUGUAAUUUCCCAUUAUCAAGUUCACGUUAGAGUUACUUCAAACAUUUUUUCUUGCAAUAAGUUUUGAUUUUCUUCCCUUCCCUGCUAGAUGGAAUUGGUGUCAAGUUCAAGGUUGUUUCAAUAUAGUUUUUAGUGCCAAUGUGUUCUCACGAAUAAAGAUUAUAGUUGAUGCAGAAUUACCAGUCUAUGUUGAUUGGUAAUGCUGGAGUAUCAGUCUCAUGUUGAUUGGUAAUGCAGGAGUAUCAGUCUCAUGUUGAUUGGUAAUGUAGGAGUAUCAGUCUCAUGUUGGUUGGUAAUGCAGGAGUAUCAGUCUCAUGUUGGUUGGUAAUGCAGGAGUAUCAGUCUCAUGUUGGUUGGUAAUGCUGGAGUAUCAGUCUCAUGUUGAUUGGUAAUGCAGGAGUAUCAGUCUCAUGUUGAUUGGUAAUGCAGGAGUAUCAGUCUCAUGUUGGUUGGUAAUGCAGGAGUAUCAGUCUCAUGUUGGUUGGUAAUGCUGGAGUAUCAGUCUCAUGUUGAUUGGUAAUGUAGGAGUAUCAGUCUCAUGUUGAUUGGUAAUGCAGGAGUAUCAGUCUCAUGUUGAUUGGUAAUGCAGGAGUAUUAGUCUCAUGCUGAUUGGUAAUGCAGGAGUAUCAGUCUCAUGCUGAUUGGUAAUGCAGGAGUAUCAGUCUCAUGUUGAUUGGUAAUGCAGGAGUAUCAGUCUCAUCAGUUUAUGUUAUGUUGAUACAUGAUGAUGUAGAAGUACUAGUCUAUACUUUUUUUUGUGUACAUGAUGCAGAAGUACCUGUCUGUACAGAUAUUUUGAAGAUUUGUUUGUGUCCUACUGCAGCCUGAGUCAUCACAAAGUUUUUUAGCUCAUACAGUUUUAUGUUGUACAAUUAUACAUUCUGUCUGUAUUCUGCACUCAAUUCUAAUUACUAGGUAUUCAUAAUUAUUGUUUUUAUUUUCCAAAAUAUAUUUAUAAUUGUUUGGUUUGGUUAAUUAUUGAAAAAUCUUGGAUUAAUAAUUAUUCAUUUGUAUUGUACUUCAAUUUUUUAAAUUUAUCUAAUGAAAAUGUUUAGAUUAAGAAUUAAAUUUAACAUUACACAUUUUAAUAUGAAAACAAAAUGUUUGAAAAUAUAUUGUUAAUGUAGACAUUUUAUUUAUCUACUUUCUAUUUUAUAUCUUUUGUAUUUGAACUGUAUAUGCUUCAGUGUUGUUGCAUUCCUCUUUAUCUUCUUUUUGCCUUUUAUGUCAGCAAGCUGAAGUAACUCUUUAAGAUUCCGUUCCAUAUUUUUAAUACAUUUUCUUCUUCUUUUUUUUUUUUCACUGUAUCUGGUUUUGUCAGCUUUAAUCUGGUUAACUUAAGUGCACUGGGCACAAAUUUGUUUCCUUCCUACUCUUGAGGUGCUGCAGGAACUAAAAAUAUCAAGUGCUUUACCCUUAUUCAUAAUAUACCUCACAUUUUGAGCUCUUUGUAUAAACUGUUUUGUUCUAUUUACCUUGCUUCUUGUUUUUACUUUACCUUUAAGCUGUACUCACAUUUUUACAUUGUCUUGAGCUCUUUGGCGCAGUCAUUUUUUUGUUUUUUUUUACUCUUCUUGUUAUUUUUCUUUUACCUUUCAUCUUUUUAAAAAAAUUCUGCUUUAUUUUUACAAGUUAUAUUUUUUAUUAAACAAUUCUUAAAUCAUAACAAAUUUAAUCUUUUGAUCCUAAAAAUCCCUACAUAAUGUUCUUCCUCGGAUUAAAUUUUGACUAUUUCAUUCAUUGCAUGCUUUCUUUAGACUUGAACAUUUCUUAUCCAUAGUGGCUCACUCGCAGUCCUAUCUUGACUUUCUUUUUAUUGUUUUCAGAGGCCAUGCUUCUUCUAAAUAUUAUCAUAUUAUUAUUUUAUUAUUGUAAUAAUGUUUUUUUCAUGUACCCUUGGACUUAAGAAACAUUACAUUUUUAAAAUCUAGAAUCUGUAUAAACCUGACUAUAAUCUUUUUUUUAGUUAUCUCCCAUGCCCUGUCUUGAACCCUUGACCUUUGCAGUGCAAAGAACAUUCUAAGAAAAAAUAUUCCUUUAUGUUUUUCAGAUUUUUCUCUUCAAUGUUGCCAUUAAUAUAAGUUACUUAUUUAUAUACAUUUGAGCAAUUUGUUCUGUCAGCCUAUUAAAUCUAUUUAUAUAAAGCUAAAAACAUGACACUUGUUUUGUGAACCUGUAACACCACCAAGUAUAUCACAAGAAAACAAGAUUAUUUUUUUGAAGUAUAAAAAUUACUGAUAAGUUUGUCGUUUAUAAAUUGCAUUUGAUUCAAAUAAUAAGUUAGUACUAUGUUAGAUUAAGUAGACAAUUUUAUAUACCUUGGGAGUGUAGUCAAUGUAUCAGGUGGAAUAGAUGAAGGCAUUAAACGUCAGUAUAAAUCUAGCGCGUCAGACAUUUACACACCUAAAACCAACCUGUAAAUCUCCUCACAUCUCAAACAAGACUAAACUAAGAAUCUUUAACUCCAAUGUCAUGGUUCUGAAAAAUGGAGAACAACUGAAGCCACAACAAAAAAAGUACAAACCUUCAUCAACAGAUGUCUGAGAAAUAUCUUAAUUAUACACUGGUACGACAAAGUAGAAAACACCAAAAUGUGGGAGAUGAGUGGGCAGAAAAAUAUGAAGUGCAGAUCUUAGAGAGGAAGUGAAGAUUGACAGGUUACACCCUUAGAAAAGAUACCAACAACAGAGCUAGACAGGCCUUAGUGUGGAACCCCCAGGGAACAAGGUGUAGAGGAAGAUAAAAAAGAACAUGGAGACGCAGUAUACUAGAUGAAGCUGAGAGGACAGGAAAGAGCUGGGAAGCCAUUAAAAAACUAGCAAGAGACCGUGGAGAGUGGUGUGUUUUAAGUGAGGUCUAUGUUCCAUGAGGAACUCAAAGGAAAGAUGAUGAGUUAGUAUUAUGUUAGUUAGCUACCUUCAAAUUUGUGUUGUUUUUUUCUCAUUUUCGAAAUGCAUAUUAGUGAUUGACUUCAGCUAAUAUAAUCUUUUUUUUUUAUGAAUGCUUUAAUUCAUAAUUCUUAAAUUGUGAUAUUCUUUACAUUUCAUCAGUCUGCUAGAAAGAUAACUAUUCCAUAUUUUUAUUUUACAAAGCAAUCAGCAUUAAAACUUGUGCCAGGUUCACCAUCAUGUACAUUCCAAAACUGAAUUUUUUUUCCCUCUAAAUCAAAAUAGUUCAUAAAGCAAAUAAAAAAUGAAAGCACCUAGAAAUGAUUUAGCAUUUUGUAAAGUUGUUUCAAAACCAUGACAAUGAAUGGGAAGUAAUUGGGAAGAUGUAUACAAAUAGUGUUCAGAUUGGAUUGAAAUUGGGAAAUUAAAAUAAAAUUUUCUUCUUAAAAAUUUAAAGUAGAAAUUAAACUUUUUUUUUUUUGGGUUGCAGCUUGAGUCAAAUAGUUUCUUUGCAUUAUUUUUUUUUUAUAUAAUUCUUGGAAUUCAUCAAUUUAAAAAAAAAUUUGGCUCAUGAAUUUCUAAUCAGAUUUUUAAAAAAGAAUAAUUAAUUUUUUAAAAUUAAAAAUUAAAUAAUAGGGACACAUGUUUCUGUUUGAGUCAUAUUACUUACCAGCAUUAUUCAUCUUAGACUUGAAACUUGAGCUGUCAUCAUUUUAAACGAUUUUGUAAAUACUAGCAUGAAGAAUCUCAUUCAAUUAGAUGCAUAAUAACUGCUACAUGUUUACAUUAUUUUACAUUGAGCCCAUGUACAUUGUUAGCAGCACACUAUACACAAAAUGUGAAGCCACAUUUUGAAAUUGGAAAUAUAAAUAAAAACACACUUUAUUUCUAAAAUUAUA